GGCGGUUUCACCUUCCGCAACGACAGACCCCGAGUCUACGGCGGAAGGCCAUCCACGUCAUGUGGCUCGAGACAUAGCGGUCAGCGCUGCUGUUAUCGGCGGGCUCGCACUGCUUGGUGUCAUUUUCGGCCUGAUAUACUUCUUGCAACGGAGGGCUCAGAAGCAGAAGCAGCUUACUACUGCUACUGCUACUAUUACUCAACCAAUUCUACCACCCCACUGGCAGCCGACCGUCGCUGCGCAAGAUGACAAUGGGUCGCAGGGCACCAGUCAGACCCUGGUGAGGAGCUCGAAACCUCCACGGAGGACGCAGUCGGCACAAGCCAAACUCGCGACCAUCUCCCAGCAGAGGGCGCUGUUGUUCCCUCUCCUGCUCAAGCUUACACUGGUACGCCCGCUCCCCUACCUGUGAUCUUCGAACACGGGACUCCGCCAUCCUCUGUGGCCCCUCAAGCUCAAGCCCAAGCGCUCACUCCGAGCUCGUACCCUCCGCACGUAUCCUCCUUCCUCCCCCAGGCUCACGCACCCGCAGGAGCCCUCGUUAGCCGCCCUUACCCACC